GCGCCGAGCGUGGCCAUGCAGGCGACACCUCCCUGUGUCCGGCUGCCCCUAAGGAGCCCGCCGAGCGCGCAUCUGCGUCCAGAUCAGGGCGAGAGAGAGCGCGGAGCCCGGAGCGAACCCGGCACCUCGAGCAGCGAGGGCAGCUACAACUUCAGGCGGGUGGCGAUCCGACGGAAGUCCAACGUCUCCUACCUGCCGCCUGGGAUCCCCAGACCCUGGAGUAGGCCAUCGUCGCCCCUGCGAUGGGUCGAGACGGCCACCUUCAGGGCCCAGGCACCCGCGGACGCCCCAGGCAGCAGUACCUGUCCAAAGGUCACUAUAAUUCCACCUUUUUUGAAAAGGAGCACAACCAUACUGAGUGAUCAGAAUGUAUCUGACGAAGAGGCUCAGGGAAUAAAUGGAAAAACGCCAGCGAAACACUCGGCUGCAUAUCCAAAGCCACAAGUGCCUCCAAAGCCAUUACAUCUGCAAAAUUCACCUUUGUCCAGUACACACCAAACCCCCAGGCAUAAAGCUUUAUCUUGUGCAGCACCAAGGAUGGAGGAAGUUAAGCCUGUCUCUGCUUCUUGUGUUGCAAAAGAAAAAUCCAGUAAAGUAUCAGAUCUCAUCAGUCGCUUUGAAGGAGGCAGCACAUUAUCAAAUUACGGUGAUUUGAAGAAAGAUUCUGCUAUGAACUUAAAUGCUUCUAGAACCCCAGGAAGAUCUGGACUGACAACCACACCUCAGCAAAAACUCGUCUCCCAGCACCCACCACCGAAGCAGGAAGAAGAGGAUCCGGAUCCAACUCAGGGUGUACCGGCUUGUGUGGCUAACGGCGUAGUGGCGGCACAAAACCAGAUAGAAUGUGAGGAGGAGAAAGCAGCCACCCUUAGCCCAGAGACUCCUAUUCAAACUUCGGAACCUUUGCUCGAUACUAACUUAGUGAAUGGAGAAAGAGAUGAAAGUACCGCAGGCCCUGCCUCACCCACACAAAAUGACUGUGAUGGGAAUGCUUCUGACAGUAGCUGCAGGACUCCAAGUGUAGGCCCAGUCCUCCCCCUGGAAGGAGAAAGGGCAGAAGCCACGGUACAAGAGGGUGAGAAUGGGGAAAGCCCUCUGGAACUGGAACACCUGGACCAGCACCAGGAGAUGAAGGAGACAGAUGAGCAAAAGCUUCACAAAAUAGCCAAUGAACUUUUACUUACAGAAAGAGCUUAUGUCAACCGACUGGACCUCUUAGAUCAGGUAUUUUAUUGCAAACUAUUGGAAGAAGCAAAUCGAGGCUCAUUUCCAGCAGAGAUGGUGAAUAAAAUCUUUUCUAAUAUUUCAUCAAUAAAUGCCUUCCAUAGUAAAUUCCUAUUGCCAGAACUGGAGAAACGAAUGCAAGAAUGGGAAACUACCCCUAGAAUUGGUGACAUCCUUCAGAAGUUAGCGCCAUUCCUUAAGAUGUAUGGGGAAUAUGUGAAGGGAUUUGAUAAUGCAAUGGAAUUGGUUAAAAACAUGACAGAACGUAUUCCCCAGUUCAAAUCAGUAGUUGAAGAAAUUCAGAAACAAAAGAUCUGUGGGAGCUUGACUUUGCAGCAUCACAUGCUAGAACCUGUCCAGCGGAUCCCCCGAUAUGAGAUGCUCCUUAAGGACUACCUAAGGAAACUGCCCCCUGAUUCUCCAGACUGGAAUGAUGCUAAAAAAUCACUUGAAAUUAUAUCUACAGCAGCGAGCCAUUCUAAUAGUGCAAUAAGAAAAAUGGAGAACCUAAAGAAACUCUUAGAGAUUUAUGAAAUGUUAGGAGAAGAAGAAGACAUUGUAAAUCCUUCAAAUGAACUAAUAAAAGAAGGACAGAUCCUCAAACUAGCUGCUCGGAACACAUCAGCACAAGAACGCUACCUUUUCUUAUUCAACAACAUGUUGCUGUACUGUGUGCCAAGAUUCAGCUUGGUGGGCUCUAAAUUCACAGUUCGAACCAGGGUUGGCAUUGAUGGAAUGCAAAUUGUAGAGACUCACAAUGAGGAAUAUCCACACACUUUCCAGGUAUCUGGGAAAGAGAGAACACUAGAACUGCAAGCCAGUUCUGAACAAGACAAAGAAGAAUGGAUCAAGGCCCUUCAGGAGACUAUCGAUGCUUUCCAGCAGAGGCAUGAAACCUUCAGAAAUGCAAUUGCAAAGGAUAAUGACAUUCAUUCAGAGGUUUCCACUGCUGAGCUAGGGAAAAGAGCCCCAAGAUGGAUCCGAGAUAAUGAAGUAACGAUGUGUAUGAAAUGUAAAGAGUCUUUCAAUGCACUGACAAGGAGAAGGCAUCACUGUCGAGCAUGUGGACAUGUGGUUUGUUGGAAGUGUUCUGAUUACAAAGCUCAACUUGAAUAUGAUGGUGGUAAAUUGAACAAAGUUUGUAAAGACUGUUACCAAAUAAUAAGUGGAUUCACAGACAGUGAAGAAAAGAAAAGGAAAGGAAUUUUAGAGAUUGAAUCAGCAGAAGUAUCUGGAAACAGCGUGGUAUGCAGCUUUCUUCAGUAUAUGGAGAAGUCAAAACCUUGGCAGAAAGCUUGGUGUGUGAUCCCCAAACAAGAUCCUCUUGUGCUGUACAUGUACGGUGCCCCCCAGGAUGUUAGAGCCCAGGCCACCAUCCCGCUCCUAGGCUACAUUGUGGAUGAUAUGCCAAGGAGUGCAGACCUGCCACACAGUUUCAAACUGACCCAGUCCAAGUCUGUGCACAGCUUUGCCGCAGACAGCGAGGAACUGAAACAGAAGUGGCUGAAAAUCAUCCUUUUAGCUGUCACAGGUGAGACACCAGAAGGACCUAAUGAGCAUUCACUCAUCUUGCAUGAUCAUCUUGAACCUAGAAAGUCAGAUUGCUGAACUCCAGGACCAACCGUAGUGUGGGAGUCUGAAGAUUUACAGCUUGCAGACGUUCCCAGCUCCCCUUAUUCAUCUUUUAGCACUUUAUGUUGAAAAACACAGGCUCAUGAAUGCAUCUGUUGAGGGGACUAUUUUCCUAUGUUUAUGUACUCUAGUGAAAUUAAUGUGCAGAGCCAUUCCACCGAUAAAAAGUUGGAAAUAAUGUGAAAAACUGAGCAGUUUUUAAUGAGCUAUUCCUUGAAAAUGUACUUUUGUCUUGAAGAAAAUGGUAUCAAUUGAUUCUAUCACUAUCAGGUUAGGGUAGGCCACUUUCAUUUAAGAAAUCUUUUAAUGUCUUCCCUUUCACAUGUAGGACUUGUAACAGUUUGAAAGAUAUACCUCCAUGUUGCCAAAUAGAUCCAUGGUUUAAAAAAAUACAGGGACCGUUUAGGCUAUUAUAUUAUUUAAUUUAGUUUAUAACGCUCAAGCAGCAUAAAUAAUGUAUGUCCUUUAAAAACUAAAAAGAAGGACAAAUUGUUGGUGUUCAGACUUUCGACUUACUAAGAAAAGAUAAUAAUUGUUUUUGUAGAAAUAGUCCUAAGAAUAAAAUAUCUUAAGUAUAUAGCAGUUGUGUAUAUAUAGCAUUAAAUAUAAAAUAUAUAUAUAAAUAUAUAUAUAUAUAUAUAUAUAUACAUAUACUAUACAUGCUUUUUCUCUUCAGCUUUAGGUUCAUAUUUGUCUCUAAUUUAUUUUUUAAAUAUAAAGCAUGUUUUAUCUUGGAAUUGAGCAAUGUUCUAAACUUAAGAAAUGUUUUUGGUGAUUUAUGUUUAAUGGAUUCACAUCUAAAGGUAUUAAUAUUUUUAUAAUAAGAAAAAGCAGUAAUUUAUGUGGCAUGGGAUAUAUUAGUGAAUUCCAACAGUAUUUUUAAAGUACUAUUUUUUUUGUUCUGUGCCUAUUUAAAACAGUGCCUCUCUUUGAAGGUGCUAAUAAUUCCUAUUUAAGUAUAAGAUGAGGGUUUAAUUAAUGCUUCAGUCUUGAUUAUUCUGAGAUAAAGUGCAUUUGGGUCACUGGGAUGGUCAAAGUCAUACAGGUUAUUUUACCUUUUAUAAUCCUCUAAUUGUUGCAGCAGCUAAUAUCAGCAUGUACAAAAAGUUUCACCAAAAACCUGUACUGUAUACAAGAUACCUGACCUUACACAGAAAACAGGACAUAAGGAAACAACAUUUACUGUAAAGUUUUUCUUUUCCAUAAGACUGUUAAGGGUGGUUGAAAGUGUAUAAUUAACACUUAAGAUAACUGUGUGGGCCUAUUUCUUGGUCAGAUAUGAAACAAAAUUCACAUGUGAUAACCUAAGUUUGAGGAGGGUAGAUAGAUAUUAAAGGAAGUGUAUACUCAACUCUUUACACCCCUUCACUAAAGAAGAGGGGGGUGGAAGCGCAAUACCGAAAAGCGAUAUUUUAAUGAUAGGUUUUUUGGGAGGUACAAGAUGACUGAAGACAGUCUGAGCAUUUUUUUCCCCUUUUAUCCUUCUACGGAAUCUUAAUAGACAAAAUAUAAUUCCUUGGGACGAAGGCUGCUCUUCAUUAUAUUAUAGUUAUGAUUAAAAUCUUACAUUAAAAUCUCACAUGGCUAUUUAGCUUAACCCUUUCUCAAAUUAGAAUUCAUUUUUUUUUCCUUUUUUCAUUUACUCUGUUAUGCCCCAAACAUUAUCACUUUUAAUACAUCAGUCCAGAAAUCCGCGAGAAUGACCCCUUUAUCUUCUGUCUUUGGGGAUUACACCUUAAAUGUAGAAUAGAUUCAUUCACAAUUUGAGAUUUCCACUCAUUUCUUCAGGCCCUUUUAAGAAAUAUUUGAAAUAGCUCCUAUUUUUCCUCAUCCCAAAGGAGCAGAGAAACUAAUGUGGGGCUGACAUAAUUAGGUUGCCUUCCUCCAUAAAAGGAAUACCAGCCAUGAUCAUUUACAUUAAACCAAAUACUUGGAGCCAAAAAGAUAAAGGUAACUUCUUCCUGUUAAGUCAGGGACAGACUGAGAAAUAUUUAACAUUGCUUCUCUUUUCUAGUUGCCAACUGUGUGUGUGUGUGUGUGUGUGUGUGUGUGUGUGUGUGUGUGUGUGUGUGUGUGUGUGUGUUUUCAUGGGUGGUUAUUGAGAAAGUUAAACUAUUGCUAGAGAUGAUGCUUUGCUUUUCUUAAUCUCAAGAAAGAGAAGCAAUAAAAAUGUGGAAUGAUUAUCUGGGGUAGAUGACUUGUAAAUCUGGAUAGAACAAUGGAAAUGUAAGGGCCAAUUAGAAAAUUUAUGGUCCAGAUUAUUUUUGAAAACUGUUUUGAACAACAGGACAACUGUCCUUCUCUUACCCCCCUCCCCCCACUAAGUGCUUCUCCUGGAAUGGAAUUACACUCAAGUUUUGGCUCAAUACAUAUCAAUGUUUUUUAAUUUAGAAUAUUGAAAGGUUACUCAUGUGAACAGAAUAUUUAUUAUCAUGCUCUUAAUGUUAUCUUUAAUUUCUUUAAAAAAUUAGAAAUGAUAUUUUAAGAAGAGAAUUUCUGUUUACCCAGUCACCAUCUUAACAGUCACCCCAUGUUCUUUAGCCAAGCACAAAAAGAAAAGUAAUGAAGCAGCUUUACCUGUUUCUUAUUUUAAAUUCACAAAUGCUUUUACUUGGAGAAAGGCAAAGGAAUACUGUUAGUCAGCCAUUUAGUAAACACUCAGCUAAACCGAAAGACCUCAAAGUGUGAUUGGUUACAAGAACAAUCUAUGCCUUUUGCUCUCUGAGACAACUAAGCAGACAUGACAAAUUGAACCUAAAAAAAAUAAUUACUUGCUUUCCUAUUAAAACCCACAUUCCAUAUGGGUCUUAUUCUUUAUUUUCGCUAAUUUGGUGCUUCCCAAGUUAUCUUUUCUUUAAAGUGCCCUUCCUCCAAACUUAAAAAAAAUACUUCUUUGAUAAAAACUGCUGUUCAUUAUAAAACAUUCCAAUUUUUUAAACUUAAAUUUUUCUUUAUUGAAAGUCUACCAUUCGGUAUAUUAAGUAUGAAAUGUAGUGCAGACUUAUCUCCAGGUUUUCAGUGGAACUCAAUAAAAUAAAAUGCCACCAGCCACUUUGAUAAUAAGGGCAUCUGCAAUGCUGUCGUGUAUGCAAGCAAUAAAACUCUUCAGGGUAUGUUUUUAUACUGUUAUUUUAAUAUGAAUGCCCCUCACCACAAGGACACAGGAAUUAACUUCUAGAAGUGAUUAUGUAACUCAUUGCUCAGUAUAGGGAAGAGGAAGUAUGUGUGUGGAGGGGAGUGGGCAUUAUUCCUUGGAUUCAAAUAUCAAAAGCAUUUUGCAAAAGGUAUGGAUGGUGAAACAAUGAAAGCACAUCUGCACUACUUCAUCAAGCUACAUUUCAUCUUUCAUGAAGUUCAAUGCAACAUAAAGGUUGGUGUACUUGUCUUCACUGGGUGACCGACCCCAAUUUUUUAAACACCCCAAUUUUUUAAAAUUACCAAACUCUUUUUAAGAACUAGCCUUUUAAAUGUGCCCUGUCCCCAUAUAUAGAUAUACAUUUGCAUUUUUUUUAGAGAAUAGUUGUAGUCAUAAGUAUAUAAGGAAAACUCAAACUUUAUAGUACUGCAGGGUGAUUAAGGAUUCAUUGAUGCCUUCUGAAAACUUUAUAUCAAAAAUACUUGUGCAAGUUCACAAUUAUGUUUUACUUUUUCUUGUCUACUUUGUGGAAACAGGGUAUUUUUUUCCCUUCAAAUUUUAGAUCUCAUUUCUGGUUACAUUCAAAGCCUUAAGUUCUUAUUCUGAGCCUAUUGUCUGUGAUAACUCUAAUUAUGAUCUUUCUGGGCUGGAUCUAUCUUGAGGAAAAGGCACCAACAGGAACAAAUAAACUUCAAGGGAACAAAGGUCUUAUUUGUUUGCAGGUAUCCUUGCUAUAUUGCAAAACAGAAGAUUAAUUAAAAUUCCCUACAUCACAUGAUGUUCGUGUUAGCGGGUCUAAGAUUAAGCACAUGUUAUUUAUAAGCUAAAAUUAAUUCAAAGGACAAGAAUGUCUUAAUGUUUUCAUUCUUAAACUUUGUAUUCUUCAAGAAUGUAUUACUGUAAAAACUGUGGCUAACCAGUUCUUAGUCUUAGGACUGUAUUGACAUUUGUAAUGGAUCAUGUUAUUUCUUUGUUCUCAUCCAAUUUUAAUUGAAUCUAAUUGCUUUUUAUUUCCAUAGUACUAUCUACUAUAGAUUCUCCAGUAAAUAUGAGUAAGAUAUAUAAAGACUGCUAGAUCUACUUUAAAAACCCUUUCUGUGAAUUUAUGAGUAUAUGUAUAUAUGUAAAAAUAUUGUUCAUUUCCAGUUCUUUUUUUCCCCAUAGGAAUGAAUUUUUUAUAGAAACUGUUCUUUUUAAUUUAAACAUUUUAACAUAAAUUAUUUACAUGGAUUUUUAGUAUCAGUCACUCUUAUGUGUGCCCUGUAAUCAUGUCAUGAGAAGAUGAUAACUUUGCUUUCUUUACUGAUAUGGUAGAGAGGAAUAAGAUUAGGAACGAAAAUGAGCAAGAAUGAACAGAGAGGUGCACAGAAAGAGCCUACUCAUCUCCUGAUCAAAGCACAAUCAAUGUGUAUUAAGAUAAGAGAAAAAUGCUUAAACUGCAGAAGGGAUAGAAACUAUAAGAAAUAAAUCUGUGUAACUGCAUACUGAUGGGAUCUAUUGCACUCAGGCCUUUCACCUUGGCCUCUAAAUCAUACAAUUAAUAUCUUGUCAUUACUUUCUCUUUCAUUGGGCUUUAAAAAAAAACAUGAUUUCAUUCUAUGGGACCAUUUUCUGCACUGUUUACUGAGGUAAAUAAUCCCUGUGAAGUCCUUCAUCAUGGUCUUCUACUUUCUGGACUGAACAUUUAUUUGGCAAAACGCAGUGUUUUUUCCAUGUUUUGAGAUGAUAGCACAGGGCUUCUACAAGAUUAUUUUAACUUGUUUGAGGUUAGUUAUAUGAUGGUCAUUCCUUCCUAAAAUUCACUAUAGAUUGAAUUAGUGAGAUUGUAGAUUUAGUGAGAAAUUAAAUCAAGAAAUCUCAUUGUAGUAUAUUUUAAUAAGUGAAUACCAAAUACAUAGAGUGAUAUAUAUGUAGGUUUAGAAAGAAACAUAAUAGUCUGUGGGGACCAUUAUGAUAACAAUUGCAUUAUAUAUUACACAUUAUAUGGAUAUUGAAAUGUAUCACUUGGUGGGGUUCUCCCUUCCUUAGCAAUCAUGUUUGUAUAUGAAACUGUUUUCUGUUUCACCAAACUAGCAUUUCGUUUUGUGAGUGACAAUUGACUGAUAUUUUUGAAUAAGUGUUACCUGCGUUUUGAAUUGUUGACUGAUCAGUUUGAAAAAGUACGUUAUCAGAAUUUUAGAGCUUACUCAAAUGUGAAAAGUGUACACAAAUGUAAUUUUUCUUUCCUAGCUAUAUAAAUGUAAACUACUUGCAGAUAGUGUAUAUAUUGUGUAAUAUAUGUAUAUUUGGUCAUAAAAGCAGAGAAUUGGAAACAUUGUAAAGUUAAGCACUUUAAUUCCUAUUAAAUAUUAAAUAUUUGUAUCUUGUAAAUAAACACAUCAUUAAGUGAA